AGUCAUUACAGGACUGUGAUGUGCGCUGGACCUGCGCGUGUUAAGCUGUGCCGUGAUGUAAAUUUGCUGGCAGCGUAGGUAUGUAUUUUUUAUUUGGCAGAUGAUAUUAUUUAUUAUUAAAUGCGAUGGCUGUCCCGUGUGUGUUACAUAGAUGGAUUGAUCGAUUGCAAUCGUUAGCCACAGAAUUUAAGUGGCUUGUUCAAACAAUUCUAGCUUUGCUCCUCGUGUUUCCUUCGUUGUCUCAGGCUGAGACAGAAGAAUCUUAAAAUCUCUUCCUUGUACACCACUGUCUGUCUCUUCUCUGUGCUUUCCUUCAGUCUAAUUUAAAGCGUUGUAACUGCUGUGAAUACCUGUGCGGAUUCACACGAAGAAAGGCUCCUGUGUUAAAGAUAAACAAUCGUUCCUCUUAGACUAGAGCAAACCCUUCGUGCCCUGUGUGAAAACCUGUUAAAGUGUUAUUAUAGGGUGCUUUGGUCUUAGUUUGUGAUACCAAACAACAAACAGCACCAGAGAAUGCACAGAUAAAGCUGGUGCUCUGAUCUUUGUUUAAACAGGUCAUGGUUCUUCUUUAAUGCUCUGUGCUCAUUACAGGAACUGUCAGCAGGAAUGUAAAGCGGACCGGAGUUCAGAUUUGGAAUACGUUGCCUAUUCUGACAUUGAUGUUUCUGCUUCUUGAGUUAGUGAUUAUAGCGUUGUUUGUGAUCGUAUUUAUCUAACCCAAUUCAUUGUAAAGAAUUAGAAAAAAAAAAUCCAUAUUAUGUCCUCAUAGGAAAGGAAUCCGAUCGGAUCUGCUGCCUCAGAUGCAGUCCCUCUCACCUGAAGAGUUACACAGGAGUGGGCUUUUCUCUAUUGUAGCAGAGCAUGCAAUGGUAUAUGGAAAGGGUUCUGUUUUUUAAGCCAGCUGGAGUUUUGCCACUGAAUUAUGAGGAACCCCAAAUUCCUUAGAACCAGCUGACCACUUAAUUGAUGCAGAUAGUGAAUAAAAAGUGAGUUUAGAUUUGAGGAUUUCAGUAUUUUUCUAUAUGAAAUCAGUUUUCAUCUCCAGUGAUUAAUACACAUAGUAGUAAUUCGCUGCAGUUCAUUUGAUUCCUGUUAAACCUUAUUUCAAAGAACUGCAAGCAGCCAGAUUCAGAGAGGAUAUGUAAAAUAAUCUGAGGGAAGAGUCUUUCCUCAUGGUACUGUUACAUUAAGAUGUAUUAGACUGUUACAAUGUACAGUUUGAGGUCUCCCGAGAAGACCAAGCACAGUGGUGGAAACUGUAAUUUGCAUAAACACCAGGUUGGGCUUUGUGAACAUUGUCCAUGGGUCAGUUGGGUCUGUGCGGCAGUGUAUGAAAGCGAUAUGGUCUCUAAUGGUUAUUUCUAACUUAAAUACACGUUCCUGUUUCAAUCCCGAAUCCUCCAGGUUUGUUUCAGAGCAUAAGCAAGGCUGUUAAUGUAAUGGGGUCCUUUAAGGUCACUGGACUGUUAUUCCGUGACUUCCUCUUAGAAGGUCAUCCUUAGAGGCUAAUGUUAUUGUAAACAAAAUACAUGCGAAUGCAGUGCUCGGGUAGGCUUACAGAAUGAAAGUCCUGUGUAAGACACGUUGCAAAAAGGAGCAGAGCUCUUAGUGUAAUGACUGUUAACCUGCUUCUGCAGUGACCACCUCCAGAGGGUGAAGCAGUUCAUCCUCUUGUGACUGCUUGACUUCGUUGUUGAAACUGUCAACAAGUGUGACAGGUUUGCUGUGAUUUGAUGUGGCAGUGGGAAUUAUAUUAGGAUUAACAAAUAACCAUCAUGCUGUAUAUGUAGUAACUUGCAGUUGUAGAUGAUUUGGUCUUCAUUACGCUAACCUAAAUACAGAAUGCUUUACUAUUUAAAAUACCGGUAUUUACCAUGGGAGUAAAAUUGGGUUCAUAAUGCCAUUUAAAUAUACUGCACUGUGUAUGACUGAAGAGCCAAAUUAAUGUUGGUGUCAUAAGGAUUGAUCAUCUUUUUGAGAUUAUUUUUUAAGAGUUGUAAUACAUACUUAUAAUACAUUUCAGUUGCAAAUAUUUGCCACUUACUGAUUAUGUCUAUUUAGUUUAUACAUUUCUGCUAAUAAGAUUACUGUAUUAAACAUAUAUGACUUUUUUUGCAAGCUGCUUUGAUGCGGCAUGCUCUCCUGACCUUUCAAGUUCAGUUUAUCUACCACACAUGCAGUCCAGCUUCUCUUACAGCAGGUGAGGGUCUUGCCAUUCAGCCAGAGAUUGGAGCCAGCAGAGCAGCUGUCGAAGCAGUGUAUGAAGGAGACCAAUGGUUACUGACAUACUUGACUGUUUUUUCUUUGCCCUAUCCUAAUUGGUUGCUUUGCUCAAGCUUCCUCUUUGCCAGCUCUCAGUCGCUUUACUUUGUGUUGUCUGUGGCUCAGACAUCCUGCACGACACUUAACUUUCUUAUCUUUUUUCUUCUUCUCACAUGCUCUACCAUAUCAUUUUUCUUUUUCUUCCUUUUUUUUAUUCUUUGUGACAUUAAUCCUGCUUAUUUUUUCAUUGUCUUCAAAAAUAAAUGGAAGGAACAUAAUGUUCUGUCGUUGCCUUGAUCAUUUUUUUUCUACAUUGCUGUAUCAUUUUUGUCCCACAUCCUUUGUUGAGUUUUGGUAGACUGUAAUCUCUUUGGGGCAGAAGCUUUUUUGCUGCUGUUUGAUUGUACAGUGCCUAGCAUAGUUUGUUCUUGGAUAUCAAUCGGUCUUUGGGCACUUGUGUAACAGUAAAUAAUAACACUGGAAUUAUGUCUUGUUUAUGUGACAGCCUUCCUUCUGGUUUUGCAGUAAACCAAAAAUAUAUUGCUCAAAGCUUAUCUUCACAGUAUCACUAUUCUGAGAUAUAUGUCAGUUUUUCCCUCAGCACAUGUACUGAAUCCCUCAUGUGAGUUGGUUUUGGUAAAAGUUCAAGAUACCUUGCCUGCUGGAGACGGAGUGGGAUGGGUUAAAACCCAACUACUGACAGUAGUUAACAAAAUAUUAAAAGCUGAAUGGUAAAUAGAAGAUCUGACAACACCAAAAAAUAUUCUGGCUUUACUAGGUUGAUCGAGUAAGAGAUAGAAAGAAAAAGAAAAUCCAGAAAUGUAUAGUGGUUUCAUUUCACUACUUUGAUGUUUUCCUCCUAAAUAUUUUUUUUCAUUUUGGUCUCCCUUUACUUUUCACCACUGGAACACUUGGCUUUGUUUUAGCAUCUUUUGGGUCAAAUGAAGAUUUGUAGUCCGUCCCAAUACAAUUGUCAAAAUAGGUUUUCAAAAGCCAGCAAACGAGGUGAUGCAGUGUGUAUGGCUCAUGAGCCACAGUUCAGCAGUAGCCUGUCCAGCACUUUGCAGUGUGAGAGCUACCACCUGAGUUAGCUAAACUGGGGAGAAGUACUGUGAGUGUGCUGUCUUAGUGUAGGUGUUCUCCUGAUUUUUGUUCCUCUCACGAGUAGUCCCUUCAGUUUUAGGGAGAGCAGUGAUUUGCAGCAUCCUGUUGUGAAAAAGGCACUGUAGGACUGGGUCUUCCUGAUCUCCCACACUCCACCUCAGAACUGUACCUGGGGCUUCUGUAUUAGAUAUCCUCUUUCCCUGAAAGAAGAGAUUUAGUUAUCUUUGUCUCAGUUUCCCAUGCAGCCUGGAGGUGGGUUCUAUGUGGGCAUGACCUCAUGCGUACAAAAAGUGAAUAGUCCAACUUCUGAGUUAUUUUUUUCCUAUCAGUCCUGGAGAGGAUACCUGGAAAAAUAAACAGGGAAAACCCACUGACUCUCUCCCUGGAUGUUAAUCAGAUGACAUGAAGGAUUUCAACUGAAUAAAUAAAGCUGAAGGAUUGAAAUAUGGAAACAAUGAAAAUAGUAGUACAAUGUACUUAAAUUUCAAAGUUUUGUGUCUAAAUGUAUAUAUGAAUAUAUAUAAUAUAUAAAGCCGUUAAAAAGAUUUCUUGAUUCCUUUUAAUAAGAUUAUCCUUAAAGUAGUAUCACUGAAGGUAUGUUUACAUGUAAGCUGUUGUAUAUUCUGAUGUGCACGUGUUUGCGUGCUUGUACUUUGGCAUUUCAUUGAUCUUCAGCUACAGGUGUUAGACUGGCAACUUUUAUUUUCCCAUUCUUAUGUAUUGACAUAGAGAUCAGCAACCUUUCAAGACUGUUUAGUGUUAGAUUUUUUUUUUUUUUCCUGAAAUCACAGGCAAAUGUUAGCAACAGAAAUUCAUCCAAAUCUGAGCAGUGCUGCUGGACAAAAAGGGGAGACUCUGUGAGCUGUCCUGCGGGCAUCAACAUGCCUUUGUGUGAAGCACCAACUCUACCUCCGGCUGCCCUCAGAAUGUGGGAGUUGCUGCCUGUUCUGCUGUCCUCUACUUCUGUCCUCAGCCACCCUGGUACCAGCACUGCGCACUGCUGACCUGUGGGCUAACCCUGCUGGUGGAGGACACUUGAUUUUGAGUGCUUGCUUUAGAGUGACCUGAACUGACAGCUAGGCAUUUAGUAUUAGGCUUUGUCAUAUUCUGAUAAAAUAUUGGUAUCAGAGCUAACAGGCGAAAUCAUAUGGAUUUAUUGCCUUCAGUUGAGAAUGACCCAAUCGGCUAAAUUCUGUGCAUUUAUAUGCUAUAUCCACUGAAAUUAGUUUGGAUAAAUUCUGUGGCACAGGUAACUUGGAUUUAACUGGUGAUGCUUGUCUAGGUAAAGGCUAAGAAAUUAAUGGUAGGCAGUUCUCACAAAAGGGUAAAGGAAAAGAACAAAGUUAUUCAGUUGCGGAGUUAAACCAAACUCUGUCUUCUGAAGUAUAUGAUGUUUCAUUACUUACAUACACAUUUUAUAAGCAAAUAUUUUAAGAGAUUUGACAGCUUAGUCAGAUGACGUGCCCAAAUUGCAGACUGAAAUGUGGAAUGAAAGCACCACAGUCUUAGUUUACUCCUAUUGAAAUGUCUGUUUGUGGUAAUUUUUCCAGAUAACCUGUAUUGUAGGUAUUUUUUCAUUAAGAUGACUAUUAUCAUUUUGGGACUUAUAAUUCUUCUUUUAUCAGCUUGGGAUCUUCAGUAGCGUAGCAUAUUUUGAAAUACUACCUGGGAUGAAAGCUAACUUUUUAGAGUGAAGAAUGAGUUUUGUGGCUUUUAGAUAUAUUUAUUUAAGAUUUCCUUACUUAGCGGUAAUUACUUAAAUAGAUAAGCUACGUCUCAGCAGAUAUUUUGGGAUAAAUAGAGCAAAACAGUAUAUUUUUCGGGGAAAAGAUUUUAUUUUCCUUAAGAAAAAUGUAUCCAUAUAAAUAUUUUAUCCAAAUGUGAUGUUUUAUAUGUUAAGGCAAGACUGUACGUAGGGCUACAGUAAAGCAUUUAGCCUUGACAAAUAUUCAGUCUGUUUGUAGAUCUUAGAGCACUGCAGUGUUUAAAAUGUAUUUGGUGUUUUGUAAAGUCAAGGUUUAAGAAAAAGACAAACCCAUAUUAUUAGUGCUUUUUUUUUUUUAAUUUAAUUUAAUAAAUUAACUGUUAUUUGUAUGGAUGAGAACUUGGUUCAGGAAAUGAUACUCCUGAUAAUCCCAAAUAAAAUAAAAUCUUCAUAAAUAGAACACUCAGUCAUUGUGGUUUUGUGAACCUAGGUGAGUAAAUUAGCACAAGUAAUGUAAAAUCAUGCAAUCAUCAUUCAAAGGAAGACAAGCUAAGAAGAUUUGAAAGUGAUAAGCGUUUUAAAUCAACACAAUUAAAUUUAAUAGGCAAAUGUAUGAUUAGAGUGUUUUCUGAAUCCAUCCAUCUCUUUUUCUGGGUGCCAGGUCAGGACUUUGAUGUAGAGUAGAUACAGUAUUCCUUUUGAGGAAACUCCAAAGAUGUGAAUGUAAGAGCACAGUUCCAAAAGACAAAUGAUCUCAUUUCCUACUUGCUAUGUCUAUAAAAUAUUUGCAUGACAGUUAAAGCUAACAAAUACUAACAAAUAGUGUUUUUUAUUUAUAAAGUAAUGAGAGAAACAUGUAUAAUACUUGUGCUUGAGAGCAAUGGAAGAAAACUAAUUUGGAGUAAAAGUUAAUUUCAGUGACGAAUGUUGUCAUACUGUGUUUGACAGGUCAUUGUAAUCAGCAAAGAAGAGGAAGAAUGUGUUUUUGCAUGGUGAGAGAUAACUUGGGGGAUUUGUUUUUAUUUUUUCCUAAUGCAUGUUAAGGUAAUUAUAAUUACAGAGAAAUAAAAAGUCUUAUAUAAGUCAGCAGAUCUUUUCACAUUACAAAACAGGUUGCUCUGUGACUUGUAGAUCUGCAGUUAAGAAAUAGAUGGUAUAAAUGAAGAGACACCAAAGCAUUCCUUGACAGAUGAAAUACAGGAUUUGAUAGACUGUGUGUUUCUUUUCACUGAAGUUGGUAGGAUUUUGAGGCAUACAGGUAAUUGAGAAUUAUGUCUGCUGUUUCUGGUUAUUUAUCUGGGAGUAACUCUGACAUCUGGUGAAAAGAUACAGUCACAGAACUGACAACAGUUAGCAAAUACAAGUUCGCUAGUGCAGAAAACCAUCUCAGAUGUGUUUUUAAGAUGGUCCAAGGGGUCUCCUUAAUAAAUUAUGGAGAUGAUUUAGUUUCUUUACCCAUCUUCUGAAGAGAGUUGAAACUGGAAGGCAGGGUGCUUAGGAUGUCUAUCCAUUAAAGACAGAACGUAAGAAGUUUCUGAAAAUGACGGCCAGAGUGUAGCGAACAUAUGUGCUAUAGUUAACAGCUGAGCCAUAGUAGAGAGACAUUUUAAAGUUUUUAUUCAGAUUCUUGACCUUAAGACAACAAGCAUAAACAUCAGUCGAUAUCCUUACGUGUUGUAAGGAUGUUGUCUGCCAUGAGAAGCAGACAAAGCAAUGUGUUUUGCCACCGCCGGGCCCUCACAGAAUUAACUGGUGUACUUGUUCCACUUUUACUGUGGUGAUAAACCUGCCCUACAGAACUCGCUCUAAUGCAUACAUUUAUUUGCUGCUUAACAGCAGAGAUUUCUUGGAACAUGUGACUUUCAUGUGGUGCUACCCUUCAGUUGUGGUCUCUACAGAGCAGGUCUGAAGCACAAAGGCAGCCCAGGGCCUCAUGCCAGGCCCGGUGCUUGUGCCAGGCCUCUGCGUGUGCUGUGGAUCGAGGUUUGGAGGCUUGAGGGCUGUCGCCUUGGCGCACUGCACCAGAGCUAAACUGACAUUUAGGAAAACUAACAUUCUCAAAUGCUGUCCUGCUUCUGUAGCCUAGUGGGGCUAGCUUUCCAAGCAGGAAUUGUAGCUCCCUGUGUUCAUAACGUAGAACUCCGGGAAUUUGUUAAGGGUUGAGGCUCUGUAAAUGACAGCACAGAUUAUAAAAUGACAAUUCAGAUAUCCUUGAGGAAUCUGUUGGUUUUUAAAAUACUGUUUAAUACUCAUUGUUACAAAUUAGGUGUAUGUAAAGCAGUUGCCUUGGGGAAAGGAGGCUUGUAUGUGCAUAUUUCACUUCAGUACAUUGCACUUUCACUUGUUCACUUUUUAAAUGCAUUUGGUACAAAAAAUUGUAUUCAUUUAGAGGGCCUUAUAAUCCCAUCAGUAGAAGUGACAUGAUUGACCUUAGAACCUAUAAGUGUCUCUACGAUGAUGCUGCCUUCACUUCAAAGUCCACAAUUGUGUUAAGAGCAUUCAAAUUCCUCAUUUGUCGAGUGAAUUUGCUUGGUCUCUUAAAGGAAGACUCGGUGGUUUGUGUUUGCCAGGACUUGCAUUUCAUUUCAGAAAAUGAAGAGAAGGAAGCGGAGAGUGUAUCACUUUGGAAAAGCUUUUAUCUGCAGAGCGAUUUGCUUGGCUCAUCCUUUCCCACAGAAUAAUGUCUUUUUAGGAUUGUUUCAGCAUUCAUUUUCUGAUGACAGAACUGGAAAUAGCAGCCUAAUUCCAUCGAUUAGUAUGGACUAUGUGAAAUGGAUAUUUUCAACAGGAAAAAGAAUAGUUUUCAGCCUAUUUCUCAUACUAAUCAUUUUACUGGUUCCAUUAUGUUCACUUAUUGCUGGACAGUCUGUAAUAACCUGUUUGUGUUGGGGGGUAGGGAUUUAAAACAAAAAAUAAACAACAGUAAUUUGUUAUCACAAAGCCAAACACUAGGGGUUUUAAGAAUGUUACUAUGACAAUUGGUACCACUGCUGCUGAAUACUCUAUGCCACUUUUUUUUUUUUCCCAUUUUUUUAAAAAUCAAGAGCCUGCUUCAGUGUGUAGUGGAUGAACUGACAGCCUAUGAAGAAUAGUUUACCCUCAGUACAGGGGACAGCCUAAACUCCCAGUGAAACUCUAGGAGGGGUUUCUGCCUACCAGUUACCAAGAUUACCAGUAUUCAGUUUCUAUUGGAAGGUGUCCCGGUGACAGGGAGUUGGACUAGAUGGCCUUUAAGGUACUUCUCACCUCAGACCAUUCUACAAUUCUGUGAUUUGCACAAGAAGCACGUGUGUGACUAUGUGGUCUACCACACGCUCUCAUGUGCUUCGUUAACGUAUUUUACUGCUGUUGUCUCAUUGGCUUUCCCUGAAAAAAUAUAGCUUUGAUAUUUUAUAGCUGCAUGAAGGUGCCUUUUUUUUACUACUGCAUUUUAUUUCUUCAUUGCCUCCCCAAAUCCCAGCUCGUCAUACUCUCUGAACAAAAUGUGUUUUCUGUAGCUGCUUCUGCCACUGACCUAGUACCAGCUUCUCUUCUUUCUUCAUGGUAUCUCACUAUUGCUGAUGCAAAAUCUGGCAGCUUCCCCUCUUCAGCUUUCUUGCUGUGAUGUGCUCCAGCCGUGUUAAACUUUUUGAUCUCCAGAUUUUUUGUAACCUGGCAAAGUUCUUUGAUCAACAGGUAACUCCCUCAGAGUUUUAUUUCUUAAUCUGUAGCUUGUUCUUAUCAUCAAUGUCACCAACACCAUCGGUAUUUUAUCUUGAUUUCUAAUUAUUGUUUCAGUGACAUCUGCUUGAGCUGUGUUGUUCUUAAGUCUAGAUUCUUAUAUCCUAUUGCUAGAAUAGCUGUCAAGAAGUCUCAGUAUUGCUUGUAGGCUUGAGACAAAGAGUACAUGAUAGCAAUGGAGAUGAUGGAAUAAGAUCUGAUGAGAGACAAUGGACAAGAGAGUGAGCUGGAACUCACUCUCCUUGGGGAGGGGGGGGAAGAAAGAGAAAGGGAUGCAUAGAAAGGCUGGAGAAUUGAUGUAAAAAUAAAUAUGCUGGCUAUACUAGAAAUUCCUGGCUGAAAAAGUAAGAAAAUCUUAUAAUACACUUUUUUUAAUUUGAGAACUUAAUUCAGCAAAUGACUUAAAUAUAUGUCUGAAUUGAAGCACCUGCCUGGUCCAGUAAUUCCUCAGGAUAGAUGGUGACCCAUAUAGUUUAUGGCCUGAUGCAAAGCCUGCUGAAGGCGGUCUAGCAGUGUCCAUUGUAUACAGUGGGCUUUGGAUCAGGCCUCUGUGAACCUUUGAGCACAUGUUAAAGGAAGCAGCUGAAAGAUAAUGCACAGAGAACAUUCCUGACAUCAGUAAGGAAAUGGCUUAGCUGGUUUAAUAGCUUUUUCUCAGUCUGUGAUUCUAACAGCCAGGUUUGUGAUAUUUAUUUUAGUAUUCAUGUUCUUGCAGUCCUUUUUACAUUUCCCUGUUUUUCUCUGGCAGACAUCCCGCAGCUCCAUAAGUCUGGGGGAAGAGGAUGGUUAGCAUGUUGUUGCUGUGGGGAUUUGAGUCUUAGUGCUCUGUGUUGGUAAUGCUGGGCAUAUAAAUUUUAAAACUUGCAUACUAGAGAUGCAGAUAAUUAUUUCCCCGCUACAUUUUAUACUCUGGUCUAGGCAAGAAAGAAAUUUCAGAAUAUUGAAAGAAGAGAAAGUUACGAUUGUGGGGACUAUUGGAAAUGGAAACAGAAAGAGGGGAGUAAUGGGUGUCAGUCUAGUUAUCAGUCAAGCUAGAAAGAGACAGCUUGUUCUGUCGAACACUAAGAAUGUUCGUAGUCAGCCAACCACUUAUGCAGGAAAGCAGCCCUAGACUGAAAGGUUUUUCAAAGAGAGGUGUGCUGAUUAGGUAAGAUGUCAUGGUCUUCUCCUGUCGAUGUAGGAAGAUAGCAGAUAUGAUCGCCUGAAAAAGCAGAGCUACCCAGUGCAAGCAUGGCUUUCGCCCAGUCGCACAUUAUGGCAGCUAGAAGGCAUCAGCACAGUAGACUCAUAAUUGAAGUGGAUGAGUACAGCUCCAACCCCACACAGGCUUUCACGUUCUACAACAUUAACCAGGGACGUUUUCAGCCCCCACAUGUGCAAAUGGUUGAUCCGGUGCCCCAUGAUGCUCCCAAACCUCCAGGGUAUACUCGAUUUGUCUGCAUUUCUGAUACUCACUCGAGAACUGAUCCCAUCCAAAUGCCAUAUGGAGAUGUGUUAAUACAUGCUGGUGAUUUCACUGAGCUGGGACUUCCUAGUGAAGUAAAAAAAUUCAACGAGUGGCUAGGUAGCCUGCCCUAUGAAUACAAGAUUGUGAUAGCAGGAAAUCAUGAAUUGACCUUUGACCAGGAAUUCAUGGCUGACUUAAUCAAGCAGGACUUUUACUAUUUCCCUUCUGUUUCUAAGCUGAAGCCAGAGAGCUAUGAAAAUGUACAGUCUCUUCUAACAAACUGCAUCUAUCUUCAAGACUCUGAAGUGACCGUGAGGGGAUUCAGAAUAUAUGGCUCCCCUUGGCAACCUUGGUUUUAUGGCUGGGGCUUUAAUCUUCCACGAGGCCAAGCACUAUUAGAGAAGUGGAACCUUAUUCCAGAUGGGAUAGAUAUUCUUAUAACACAUGGACCACCUCUGGGUUUUCUAGACUGGGUACCUAAGAAAAUGCAACGGGUAGGAUGUGUAGAGCUGCUGAACACAGUCCAGAGACGAAUACAGCCAAGGCUUCAUGUGUUUGGACAUAUCCAUGAAGGUUAUGGUGUCAUGGCUGAUGGAACUACUACCUACGUGAAUGCAUCUGUGUGCACUGUGAAUUACCAGCCACUAAAUCCACCUAUAGUUAUUGACUUACCUACUCCGAGGAAUACAUGAUUAUAAUAAAGGAUUUCAUGUUGUGCCCAACACAUUAGCAACUUUAUAUUGCUGACUGAGAAUCCCAAUAGGGAACUAUUCAACAAGAAAAGUCCUUCUUCUCUUUUUCCUGCUAGCUCUUCACAGAUAAACCUGAGUGACAAAAAUGGAUGAUGAACAAAGACAUUUUGGUGCCGGAAGCAGAUUAAAGACAUACACCAUUAAAAUGUUUGUGAACACAGAAAAGUGAAUGCAUUCCACAUAUAUAUCCAUAUACAUCUCUCUCUCUCUCAAGUAGGGACUUUUGUACAUACCGUACGUUAUAUUGGACUAACUAAAAGAACAGUGUCUUUCAGGGGAGUGUUUCUUCAAGAAAGUUUGCAGUUUAAACAUAAGAGUUUAGACUAGGAUUUCCUCAUUUCAGAUGUUUCCCAUUGAGCUCUUGAUAAAAGUGAUGUUAAAGAUGUUUUCCCUUAACACAGGAAACACAAAAGAUGCUACAUGAAUGACCAGCCACAGGAGGAAAGCUAUUAUUUCAGGCCUUCCAGGUCUUGAGUCCUUGCAUCUAUACCAAACCAAUGCAGUAGAGGUCUUAAUUCACUGUACUGGAAUGAAGUUUGCUACAUCUGACGUUAAGGGAAAGGAUGCAUAUUGCCAGCAUGCUGUAAACAGCUCAGAAUCCAAGGGAGAAGGGAGACUGUGUUAAGUGCAGUAUAAACUCAGGAAUUUGUAACCUGGCCUCGCCUGUGGAAAAAGAAAAAAAGAAAAAAAAAAAAGAUGACAUUUCCCUUAAAAAAUGAAGAAGUAUAACUGUGUUUUCAUAUGGUAAGGCGAUGCGUGAUUGUCCGUAAAAAGCAAAAGAACAAACAAACCCAACACCCAGUAACCCAGUGUUCAGUACCGAAAUUUUCAAUAAAACCCACUGGGACUACUUGUGUAAAACUUGUUGCUGGUAUAUGCAGCCAAUAGUGAGAUUUCUGGUUUGAAUUUGGCUCACGUCAGCUGUGACUAAAUGUCAUUGUGAUCAUUUUGUCCUUUGGGAAACUUUGUGGACUUCAAGGGGGGGUCAUCCAGAGGUGGGGUUUGGGCAUUUGUUUUUGGGUAGCUAUGUAGUAGCGUAAGUGCAGUGAGUGAGGAGUACACGCCAGUGGGUACAGAGCAGAGGUUGCCUCACAAAACCUGUCAUGGCCAUGUACCCAUUCAUGGGCACUGUUGAGGGAGGCCCAAGACAAAACCAUAAACCCAGGUGAAAUCUGUCUCUUGUGCUGUGUGUAGAUACAUCCAGGCAAAGCAAGGGGUGACACAGGAGCUGCUGGGGAUGGUUAGCACCGAUCCUACCUGUGCAGCUCUCCUGCAGGUUAGCAGAGGUGUUGAGUCUGCUGGGAUUUCUGUGCAGUCCUGGGCAGAAGCUAGAGAAUGGUCUACAAACUUACAGAAAUACUUGCUUCAAAUCUGUUCUGCAAGAAUUGGGUUUCUGCCUUGGACUAACAUCUCCGUGCUCAGAGCAGCUUUUCUGCCUAGAUGGAGAUCGUUUAACUGCUGGAACCUGGAUGUUGACAUUCUGUGUUUGGGGCUGACUGCAUUUACAUAUUAACCAUGUUCACACAAAUUAGGCAACUCAUCGCACUAUCAAUACCGGACUGUUUUCAGCUGUGUGCAUAGCUCCUAUGUGCACACACACAGUGGAUGGUAGUAUCAGUUACUUUUUGCCUGAUGUAUGAAUAUGAAUGUGAGCUUGGUGUAGCGGUUGCAUCUACAUUAAAAUUCCUGCUCUGCCAACCCAGGCUAGCAGCCACAACUCUAAGGGAGGCAGGCAGAAAUAUUGCUUUUUUGGAGGUUUUCUGAGUGCUCAUCCAAUGGAUGCUGGAAGCUGUGCAGUUCGAAGCCAGGAUCUGACGUGCUGUGGGCCCACUGAGACCAAAAAACAUGGCAAGCCGUAGAGCUGUCAAUUCCUGGAGCAGCUGGGUGACUUGGGAUCUAAACUGAUCUGCUGCUUUUUUCCAAAACAGGCAAACAAACAAAAAAACAAACAUAGAAAUGAGCAGGCGUUUCCUGGAGUGAACAGUUCACAGCACAAGAACAGCCCACCAUUGAAUUCAGCUGGGUCUACUUUUUGUAAGAUCCAUUGGUGCAGAAAUGGCGAGAUCAGCUCCUAAAUCAGCAAAGACUAAAAUUCAUAGCUCAAUGUGAACUCCCACCAUCGUUGGGAAGAUGAACAAUAGCAUGCAGUUAGAGUUAAAGUGUCUAAUCUAGUCACAGUUUGAGCGUUUCGAAACAAACGUGGCAGGAAAUUGGCUGUAUGUUAAAGAAGUCUGAAAUGUUUACAUUCACUCAUGGCACUUAAGAUGCUAAAAUGCUGAAAGUGGAGGGAAGAGGUCCUUUUAUUGGCCUCAACAAAAUUUCUAUGUCGACCAUAAACUAUUCUCUUAAAAAUAAUUUUUCCUAAGGUAUCUUCAAAAUACUGUGUAUUUUUAUGUGAAAAAAGAUAUGAAAGCAGCUGUUACUUCAAAAUAUCAUUUAAACUACUUGAGGUAUGAAAGCUUAAAGGUUAUUUAAUCAUUUUGGCAUAACUUGAUUGUUGUUGUAAUUUUUGGUCAAGCAUGUUAGACAAAUAAAGUCUUAAAAGAAACAACAAAA